UUUGAAUGGUACCAACGGUCAAAUAUUCCGAACCCUCUUUACAUCGAAACAUCGCUCCCAUCAUCCAACGGUUCAUAACGCGAAUCAGUCAGAAAUCCAAACCCACACGUCGUCGUUUUGCACCCCUUCUUCUCCGAACUUAGUUUUCGCCCAUCAUGUAUUCCCACACUCUCUGCAGUUCCUUAUAUUCGCAACAACUACAAAACUCACAAUGAAAGCGUUUUUCGCCGUUCUUCUUGAAAACAAUGGAAGCUUCUAAGAAGAAAGGGGUUGCGAUGAAGAAGACCAACGAUCACUGGGCUUUUCUGGAGCAUAUUGAAGCACCUAUGUGGGUAGAUUUGACUGUUGAAGCUGUAUCUGGUGGUGUAGACACAGAUGGUGAUGAUUGGUUCAACAAAAGUCAUCCGUUCCACCAAAUGUCUGCUCGAGAGUUAAAAUCCAAAUUUUCUCAGGGUGAGGAGAUAUUGGCAACAGGAAUUGAUCUGCAAGGAAUAAAUUCGCCUGAGCUUCCUUCUUCGGUCUCGAGAUCUAGAGGCAAACACUACAACAACAAGAAGUGGGAAGGUAUUAAUCUGAAUACUUUGUUAGAUAAACAGACGAGUAGGAGAGGCUUACAACAAUAUUCCAGCUUUGGUAAAGUGAAACCCAGAUUAAAAUCAAAUGUGAUCAGGCCAAAAAGAGCAUUGAGUGGGAAGUUUGGAUUGACUUUUGAACCGCAAGCCAGAGGAAAAACUGUGUCAAAGGUUAGUUGUAGCAAAACAGUGGGUAGUUCUAGUUCAGAUCGCAAGACUGGUGGAAGCUCUCCAAGAAGCACAAUUACAUCUGAUAGCACUCAGAAGUAUACGGAGGUAUCUAGCAAACCAUGUGAUCAGAAAAGAAGUUCAUCAAUUAGGAGGGUUAGUGUUGGGAAAUGUUAUGUUACAAGAAAAGCCUCAGACAUUCAGCCACAAAAGAAAUGUUUGGGGGUAAGUAGUCAACCAUGUGAUCAGAAAAGUAGAAGUUCAUCCGUUAUUAGCGUUAGGAGAAGUUAUGUUUCAGUAAAGACUUCAAAAGUGGAGAUAGGUGAUAAUAGCACGCAAUCAAGGGGUAGUAAAUCAUCUUCUGGGAAGUCUAGUGUUGGGUCAUGUUCAGACACAAGUAUUGAAGUUAAGUUUGUAUCAAGGCAGCACAGAGAGAAAAUCACAGAUCAGACAGGUGGGGUGACAAUUAAGCGUGGAAUUAAGAAUAGUUGCAAGCCAGGUGAAACAUCGAAGGCAACAAAGUCUGGUAACAGAAUGGGAAAUAACAUCAAUUUUCCGAAGCCAGCAUACCAUCGAACAGCAAAGUCAUUGGUCCAGUAUCCGUCUACAAGUUCAAAGGCAUUGUUACAGCACAUAGUGAAUAAAAAAGACAGCUGUAUGGAUGGUGCCAAGGAGAAACUAAGAACUACCAAGAUUAAUAGUUUGACAGCCAAGGGAAAAGAGAAUAUAACAAAGAAUGUGCCAGUGAAUCGGAAAUGCAUUGCAAGAGGUGUUUCUGCAGGGGGGGCGUGUUAGAAGUCAUUGAGCUACUGAACACAACCUACAAAAGGGUGACGAAGCAGGAUCGACUCCUUUGACAAAUAGAGGAGAGAGCACCAAUCAACGUGAGGCAGAGAACCCGGUUAAUCUGGCCAUGAGGAGUUACCCACGUUAGAUGAGUACAACAUUCUUUCUUUCAAGUAUAAAAAUUAGGGAAAAAAAUUAUGACCCUUUUCAAAAUCUGGCUAAGUCACGUGCUCAGUGAAGCCUUGUAGCGUAAAUUCUACUAUGGCUAUGGCCCCUCCCUGCAAUGUUGGUGAUAUAUUUUAGUUGCUUUUUCUAGCUUUUAUCGUUAUCAAAUGAUCUUAUUUGGUAAAUUCACUUUCACCUAUUUUCACUUACGGAAAUCGAUACAAGGAAACAUACUGUUGCAUAUACAAACCAAAAUCCUACCAACACAUGGGAGUUAUUGACCGAUCUUGGAACCACGGUCAAUUUCUUUUAAUGGUCCAAAUAAGAUCCACAUCAGUUUUGGUAGAAAUAUCUUUACUAACACAUACUGCAAUGUAGUUAUUUAUCAUCGAUACCAUUGGGUGACCAUACAAUUUAGCAUACCAGGAUCCCUAUUACCUAGCAAUUGCUUUUUUUCCCUCUCUCAAUACCCCUAUUCAAAUCUCACAUA